GGAGCACUCGUCGCACCCGCAGCACUUCGCGGAGGCGCUGGCGCCGCUGCUGAACGAGGUGCGGCACUGGACGGCCGAGCCCGAGGCGGAGGCCAUCGUGGAGUCCCUGUCGCGCUGGAUGGACCCCAGCCAGAGGUCCAUCAUACUCUUUGGCAGGAUGAUGUUGAUGAGCCUGCCGACGAGCUCCAGCCCAAAGUUCAUCGAGGACGGCAGGCUCUUCGAGUGGUGGAACAUGCUCCCCCGCAACGCGAACUCCCGGUACUCCCUGAUGUGGAUCAUUGUGGCGGCCCGCACCGCAAAGUUGCGCUGGGCCAGCGGGGAACCCCGUAACCCCAAGCCGGUGUUCUCUUCAGACCAGCUCAAGGCGUUCCUGGACACCGUCGCUGGGACCAUGUGCCUCCCCAUAGACGCAGGCAAGUCGUGCGAGAUGGACCAUUUUGCAGACGACUGCCAGUGGGCCUUCCUCGGCGGCACACAGUACCGGUUAGUGGCAAAGUUCUUCGUCUACUCGCUCGAGCCCCUGGAGAAGGUCGGACAGGCGUUCCCAGAGGGCAGCACCUGGGCGGCUCUGGAGCUCUUCUUCCGCAGGCUGAAGCCCUGUAUGAUAAAUUCUGGGAUGUGGACGUUGCACGUCCGCACUCUCAUCUUCGAGUUCACCCGAGGCUUCUACGUGCGCCUGUGCCGGGAGCGCUUCCAGGAGCCUGGCUGCCUCGCGCACGAGUCGUGCCGGCUCACCCCCGCGUGUGACGAGGCGUUCGUGCGGCUGCUGGCCCCCCUCCUGAUCGACUCGCUCGCCCUGCAGACCUCGGGCGGGGAGCAGAUGCACUCCAUAGUCACGUCCCUCUCCUUCGUGACCCGCGUCUCGCUCUCGCACGCGCCCAGGUUCGACGAGAUCCAGGUCUUCCUCCGCGAGUGCGUCGAGGACCUGGCCGACCCCAUGUCCGUGCGGCACAGCAGCACUCUGCAGCUGCUUGUGGGCUUCACGCCCUUCCUCGUGUACGCGGUGCCGGGCCUCGUCGUCGACGCCGCCCACCUGGCCCUGCCGGGGAUCGACGCGACGGAUACGCUGAAGACGCUGAUCACCGCCGCGUUCUUCGUGAACCUCUUCAUGCAGGUCCCGACCAUGGACCUCUCGACCCGCGAGCUGCCCGCAGAGCUGCCCCGGGUGCUGCAGCAGGCGCUUCCCGUGCUGUCCGAGGCGGACGGCGCCGUGGCGCCGGUGCCGCCUGCGACGCCCGGGGAGCUGCAGAUGUGCACCUCCACGCUCCCUGACCUCUGCCUGGACCUCCUCGAGCGCUUCCUGGAGUACGUGCAGGCGGUGCCGAAACCCUCGAAGAGGGACGGCAUGGCCGCGCUGGACCUGGCCGGCCCGCGGCUGCUGGCCACGGCGCUGUUCUUGUGCGCCCGGCAGAGCGAGGCCAGGAUCGUAGAUGCGAUGACCGACCGGCUGGCGGAGUGGCUCAGGACCACCCUGGUCCCCAACGCUGUCAAGGCUGUGGGCAUGCUGGUGGCCGCGUUCAGUCUGGCGCACCCGCGGGCCUCCGCCAGGCUGCUGGACGUCGCCAUCCGCAGCCUCCCGCUCACCGACAAGGGCCUCGCACCCCUGGGGGAGAGCGAGGUGGUGUGGCACAUGUCUGCCCUGGCCGCCGCGGCGCGCUCCGGGGCGGUGGAGCUGCUCCCGCGGAAGGAGGCCCUCGAGGCGCGCAUCACCGCGGCGUUGCAGGACGAGCGAAAGCUCGUCCGGAAGGCGGGAGCCAAGCUGUGCCGCCGCGUCCUCAUGGGCCUCACCGCGCCCUUCACCAGCCGACCUCACCGGCGACGGCACGGUCGAGGAGGCCCUGAGCAGGUGGUCGGGCGCCC